GGUGAUUCAGACAGUGGUGAUCAGACAGUGGUGAUUCAGACAGUGGUGAUUCAGACAGUGGUGAUCAGACAGUGGUGAUUCAGACAGUGGUGAUUCAGACAGUGGUGAUCAGACAGUGGUGAUUCAGACAGUGGUGAUUCAGACAGUGGUGAUUCAGACAGUGGUGAUUCAGACAGUGGUGAUUCAGACAGUGGUGAUCAGACAGUGGUGAUUCAGACAGUGGCCCAGGUCCAUCUGUAACCAGCCCAACACCUCCGUGAUCAUGCACUGUCAACUGACUAACACUGACUAUGACUACAUGUACUGGGACAGGCAGCUCCAGGGAGAGAGCCCUAAACGAAUAGCCAGGUUCCUAGCUGGAUCAGUGAGCUAUGGGGGCAGACUU